CGGGCACAAAUUUGUUUUCUCCUGUUUCCGAAAAACCGACUCUCUUUUCUCCGCAGUGGCCAUCACUUCUCCAUCCUCUGUUCCUCCAUGGGCUUGACACACGGAGCUCAAUAGCACCUGUCUCUCCGCUAUACCGCCCCGUCGAGUCCCUUACUCGGUGGCCACACGUCCCUCUCGAGUCCGCUAUUCUCGUCGUUCGAUUCUCAGCCUCGUUCGCCCACCAUGACCGUGUUUAUCGUCGCCCUUUUCCUCCCCAAAAGCGUCCACUUCACGGUGCCUGGGGCUGCGCCGCGUGGGUCGGCUUCCGAAAAGAAGCAGCCCGGAAAGCCGGCAGCGGUGGAAAAACAGCCGAGUCUGUUCCAGUCGACCAACAUGACCCCUCCCCAGACUCCUAUUGACGACAACAAACCGGAUGGUCCGUUCACGAACGAGGAUGGCUUGCGCGUGCAGAUCCCGAAGGUCGAGCCCUCUGAAGAUGGACUCCGUGCCCCGGCUGACCGGAGCUCUCCGACCUGGGGGGGCCGCCCCGACCAGCCCAUGUCGCGUGCGAACUCUCCGCCGCCGCCGUCCCUCGUCGACCCCGGCCGACUGCUCCAGCAAAAGGCCAAGGAACUCGGCCGCCAGGGCGUGACGCAGCCGCGCCCACUGACUCGUAGCGAUAGCCAUGACCGCGUCUUUGCUCACGCCAGCUGGAAGAUCGUCAACGCCGACCAGGGCAACGGCGGCCUGCGCAAUGCCGCCGAGGCCGCCUUCCGGGAGGGCCAGAUGGACAGGUGCACCUGGGUGGGCACGCUAGGCAUGCCGACCGACGCGCUGCAGGGCACGCAGCAGCUGCAGGACAUCGAGGACCGGCUCGCCACGGAGCACGAGAUGCUCGCCGUCAUCUGCUCGGACAAGGAUUUCGACGGCCACUACUCGCACUACUGCAAGCAGAUCCUCUGGCCCGUCUUCCACUACCAGCUCCCCGACAGCCCCAAGAGCAAGGCGUACGAGGACCACUCGUGGAAGUACUACGUCAACCUCAACCAGGCGUUUGCCGACAAGAUUGUAAAGAACUGGAAGCGCGGCGACGUCAUCUGGAUCCACGACUACCACCUGCUGCUACUGCCGGCCAUGCUCCGAAAGAAGCUGCCGGACGCCAAGAUCGGCUUCUUCCUGCACGUCCCGUUCCCGUCCUCGGAGGUGUUCCGGUGCCUCGGCACGCGGAAGCAGCUGCUCGAGGGCAUGCUCGGCGCCAACCUGGUCGGCUUCCAGAUCCACGAAUACACGCGGCAUUUCCUGCAGACGUGCAGCCGGCUGCUGAGCGCCGAAGCGACGCCCGACGGGCUGCAGCUCGAGGACCGCUUCGUCGACGUGGUCAGCCUGCCGAUCGGCAUCGACCCGGUGAGCCUGAGCCAGCACCGCGAGGAAGCCGCAGUUAAGAACUGGCUGGCUCUCUUGCGCGAGCGCUACGCCGGCAAGAAGCUCAUCGUCGCGCGCGACAAGCUCGACAAGGUCCGCGGCGUCCGGCAGAAGCUGUUGUCCUACGAGCUCUUCCUGAAUACGAAUCCCGAGUGGCGGGGCAACACCGUGCUGAUCCAGGUGGCGCUUUCGACCAGCGAGAAGAGCGAGCUCGACGCGACCGUCUCCGAUAUCGUCACGCGCGUCAACUCGUCCUGGGCCAACCUGGCGUACCAGCCCUUGGUCUACCUGAAGCAGGACAUCGACUACGCGCAGUACCUGGCGCUGCUGAGCAUGGCCGACGCGCUCAUGAUCACCAGCCAGCGCGAGGGCAUGAACCUGACCUCGCACGAGUACCUCUUCUGCCAGGACGGCAAGAUCUGCGAGAAGAAGCACGGGUCGCUGAUCCUGUCGGAGUUCACCGGCACGUCGUCGCUCUUCGGCGGCCACGAGCUGUCGGUCAACCCGUGGGACCACCGCGCGUGCGCCAACGCCAUCAAGAAGGCGAUCGAGAUGAGCGACGAGGAGAAGGAGCAGCGCUGGACCAAGCUGAUCGAGGUAGUCAACCACCACACCGGCGCGCAUUGGUUUACGGAAUUCAUGGCGCGCCUGGACCACGUGUACGAGGAGCAGCACCGCCAGGACCAGACGUCGGUCCCGCGCCUGUCGUUGCAGACCCUCGUCCAGCAGUACAGCCGCACCGAAAGGCGGCUCUUCAUUCUCGACUUCGAGGGCACCUUGGUCAACUGGGGCCCGGUCAACAAGAUCAUCCCGUCCAGCCCGCAGCGCACGGUCGAUAUCUUGAACGACCUGCUCCUGGACGAACGCAACACCAUCUACGUCAUGUCCGGCCGGCGGCCCGAAGAGCUCGACCGGCUGUUCCAGCGUGUGCCCAACCUGGGCCUCAUCGCGGAGAACGGCUGCUUCCUCAAGGACUGCGACAGCGCCGACUGGAUCGAGAUGGCCGACGCGAAGCAGAUCCGCACCUGGAAGCAGUCGGUCAAGAGCAUCAUGACGUACUACCUGGAGCGCACGCCGGGCGCCGAGAUCGAGGACCGGCGCUGCUCGCUCAUCUUCCACUACAAGUCGGCCGAGGACUACGGAGCGGCCCUGCGCCAGGCGAGCGAUUGCGCUAGUCACAUCAACGACGCCUGCGAGGAGCAGCGGGUCCACGCUAUGGCCAUGGACGGCUGCGUCCUCGUCGAGCCGAUCGACUGGACCAAGAUGACGGCCGCGCAGAAGAUCUUCGCCGACCUGCGCGCGCGCAUGGCGCCCGACGACAAGAACCACUCGCCCGUCGACUUCCUCAUGGUCGUCGGCGACGGCCGCGAGGACGAGAAGGUAUUCAAGUGGGCCAACGCGCUCGGCGAGGACGGCACCGUCAAGGAGGUCGUCACCGUCAGCUUGGGAAUGCGCAACACGGAGGCGAGAACCACUUUGACUCAGGGCGUUAGUGGUGUCCUGAUGGCACUGCAGAAGCUGGCAUCCAUUGCGUAAGCAGUUGUCUGGCUGGCCCCCGCGGCACAUGCCAACUUGAUUUAUGAUGCAGGUCUGGCGUCCCCGCACGCCAUCGCCGGAGGAGCUCGGUGCGGGUUCCUCCCCGCUAUACAUGGGUUUCGUGAUCUCCAUUUCUUCCACCGGAAAAAACAGAAAAAAAUAAGGGCAAUCGGGGGGUUGGUCAUAUCCAGCGGCUGCUGGCUCUUUGCGUCACGUUUUUCUGUGGCGUCUUGCUCUAUAUCCAUCGCGGCAUUGGGCCCCCUUUGCUAGAAGGCAUCUUCGGGCAUUUGUUCGCUGCGAACGUCUUCUUUUCGUUUUCCUUUUUUCUUUUGCCUUUUUUCU